GGCGCUUCCCAUUGGCUCAACGACCGAGUCUUUGUUCUCUUCUUCCCCCGCUAAGAAGGCCGAUCCUUUCCCCUUCAAUCGUCCCAUUCGUCCCUACUCCGGAGUUUGGAGCGUACCCAAGAGAGCGAUCGUCGUGUUCGAGAGCUCGAGAAUGGUUCGUGGAACGCUGGAGGUGCUGCUCGUGAGCGCCAAGGGCCUCGAGGACGUCGAUUUCUUCGGCAAAAUGGAUCCUUAUGCCGUCCUUACGUACCGCAGUCAGGAACAGAAAAGCAGUACUGCAUCAGGUGCAGGUAGUAAUCCUGAAUGGAAUGAGACCUUUGUCUUUAAUGUGUCUGACAAUGUCUCGGAGCUCAUUGUUAAAAUCAUGGACAGUGAUACUUUUUCAAAAGAUGAUUUCGUAGGAGAAGCAAAAAUCCCAUUGGAAGCAGUGUUCGCGGAAGGAAGCCUCCCGCCAACCAUAUACAGUGUGGUCAAGGAUCAGCGAUACUGUGGAGAAAUAAAAGUCGGUCUCACUUUCACGCCAGUGGAAACUCGAGGCUUCGACGAGGAAGCAUUCGGGGGAUGGAAACAUUCUGCGCAUUAGGAAAUGCAUCCUAAGGAGGAAGUUUGUACUCAUGUCAAAUCCAUAAAACUAGAUUACAUUGUUUCUCGGAGCGUACGAGUGGCCUUAGAAACACAUUCUCAGUUUGGAGAUGUGGAGAACACUCGGUGGGGCUCGUCUCGGUGUCAUGUGUUCGCUGUUAUUUGUUCCUAUGUUCAGUGAGGACGACUACAAA